CGAGACGUGGUGACGUAACACGCAGACGGUAACGGGUGGGAGGCCCGUGAGGCAGUUUUCGGGGUGUUAGCAGGUUCGGGCGGCGAUGGCGGACCCGGAGUUGGAAGCUAUAAGGCAGCAGCGGCUGACAGAGCUACAGAACAGACAAGGGGAUGGCGGGGGUGAGCAGGCUCAGCAAGAGGCCAAACAAAGGGAGGAGGACAUGAGGAAUAGCAUCUUAUCUCAGGUUCUGAGCCAGGCUGCCCGGGCCAGAUUGAAUAACUUGGCGUUAGUGAAACCCGAAAAAGCCAAAGCUGUGGAAAAUUACCUUAUACAAAUGGCAAGAUUUGGGCAACUGGGUGGCAAGCUUUCUGAACAAGGACUAAUAGAGAUUUUAGAAAAAGUGAGUCAACAGACAGAAAAGAAAAUGACGGUGAAGUUUAACAGAAGGAGAGUGAUGGACUCGGAUGAGGAUGAAGACUGAGUUGAGGCCACCUUGGCACAGACUCGGGAUCUGGAGCACUUGAAGCACUGAAUUCAAUGAUACUUAUCUGAGGGAGACCUAAUUCUGAUGCUUUGUUUUUUUUUUCUAAUUCUAUUGUGUCCAUUUCUGGUUGCUGUAGGGACUGAACAUGCCCCACUGUUACGACAGCAACGAUUACCCCAUUUUGAAAUAGUAAAUUAUUUGGACUGUUUAUUAUGAGAAGCUGUUCUGACUCUUAAAUUACCAUGCAAGUUUUGUACCAGUGGGGUGGAUGUGACAGCAGUAUCUGACAUUUGUGUCAUUUCUUUAUCCAGAAACAUAAUAAACUUCUGUGCGUAGGA